UUUGUUCAGUAUUUAGCUACUUACGCUUACAAGCACGGCCAAGACAACGAGCAAAAGGCCCUGACAUAUACAGACCUGUCACAAACAGUACAGAAUUCUGACACUUUCCAGUUCCUUGCAGAUAUUGUGCCCAAGAAAAUCUUGGCAAGCAAAUACCUGAAAAUGCUUGAAAAAGAAAAAGAAGGAAAAGAGAUAAGGGAGGAGGAAGAGGAAGAGGAAACGGAAGAAAGUGAGGCUGAAGAUGCAUCUUGACAAUAUAGCUUGUUGAUUUAUAGCCUUGUAUGUGUGCACUCUUGAAUGUCCUAUGAUCAAUUGAAUUCUUACAUCCUUGAACCAGUGUCAGCUUUCAGAGUUAGAAUUGCCAACUUGUGUACAAUUACCUGCAAAGACUUUAUAGCAAAGACUUCUAAGUGGGACUGAACAUAUUUGCAGAUCUUCGUUUUUCAUCUUCAGCUUAUAAACAUAAUAUGGAUGAUUGUUUAUAAUAUACCAAUUGUCCGUGUUAGCCAAAUGCUGUAUUUUCAGUACAGAAUCAUCUUCAUUGCUCACAUUGGGCAAAUCUAAAAGCGGGUAAAAUAUUUUUACAUGCCAAUAUUAAAGUUUUCUUUCCUUUCAAUGUAA